UUGCAAACCCCAUUACCUCCCUCUCAUCACGGUUUUCACGAGCAACAAGGAAAGUAAACAAUCUUCUUAAUUGGUUUGAUUAGAUUUGUGUAGAUAUGGUUUUAGGCGCAUGGAGAAGAAGAAAAGGGGCCCGCCAUGCCGGCAACAAGCAUCCAGGGAACUCCGAGGACGAGCUGGUGAUCCCGAAUCAUUUCCGGUGCCCGAUAUCCCUUGACUUGAUGAAAGACCCUGUAACAUUGUCUUCUGGGAUUACAUAUGAUCGUGAAAGCAUCGAAACCUGGCUGGAAGCGGGGAAUUUUAUGUGCCCGGCGACGAAUCAGAUUCUGAGGAAUUUUGAUCAGAUUCCUAACCAUACUCUCCGGAAAAUGAUCCAAGAGUGGUGCGUGGAGAAUCAAAAUUAUGGAGUUGAACGCAUCCCAACACCCAGAACUCCGGUCACGCCGGUAGAGGUCUCGGAGAUUUGUUUCGCCGUUAAAGCUUCGGCGAUGCACCUCGAGCAGCUCAGGUGUUUGGAAUUUGUUGAGAAAAUUGAGAGAUGGGGUGCUGAGAGUGAGCGUAAUAGGCGCUGCAUCGUUGCAAACGGAGCUGCGGCUGCAUUAGCUUCUGCAUUUGAUGCAUUUGCAAAUGACUCUGUUGAGAGAAAUUACAAAGUGUUGGAAGAGAUUUUGUCUGCACUGAACUGGAUGUUUCCAAUUGAUGAAGAAGCCCAGAAUUUCUUGGGAUCUUCAGCUUCUUUACGUUGCAUUGUCUGGUUUUUGAGGUGCAGAGAUAUUAUUUUACCAAAGCAAAACUCCAUAAUAGCAUUGAAAGAGCUUCUUUCUUGUGAUCAACAGCUUGUGGAUAAGCUCUCGGAGAUUGAAGGAAUCAAUGAAAUACUAGUUGAAUUCGUUAGAAAGCAAAUCAGUCAAGCUAUUACAAAAGCUUCUAUCAUAGUAAUUUUCCACAUGGUUUCUUCAUCAAACGAGAAGAGCAAAUUAGCAUUUGUGAAGAUGGGUUUUGUUUCUUCAUUGCUGGAGAUUAUUUUUGAGUCGGAGAAGAGCAUAUGUGAGAGGGCUUUGGGUGUCUUUGACGAGCUCUGCAGCUGCAAAGAAGGGAGAGAAGAAGCUCAAAGUAAUGCCUUGACGGUGCCGGUGUUGGUGAAGAAAAUCUUGCGGGUGUCGGAAUUGGCAACUGUGUUUUCCAUUUCUGCAAUUCUGAAGCUCUGCAAAUAUGGAAGAAGGGAUGAAGGAAGAGUUCUGGUAGAGGCUCUUCAAGUGGGUGCUUUUCAGAAGCUCUUGUUAGCCAUACAGGUUGGUUGUGGGGAUGAGACAAAGGAGAAAGCAACUGAGCUUCUGAAACUGUUGAAUCCUUACAGGGCUGGUUUGGAAUGCAUUGAAUCUGUAGAUUUCAAGAAUCUCAAAAGGUCAUUCUGA